GACAACAGCAGAAACAGGAAGAAGGUGGCACCCAAUAAAAACAAGAGGAACUUCUCCGCCUUCAAACAGAGCGAGAGCGAAUCCAAAGUAAAGAUCUCCCCUCAGCUGCUAUUGGCCGCCCACCGCUUCCUGGCUACAGGUUAGAACGUGACCCUGCCCCCCAACCAAAAUAAUGACAUGUUGGGACAAUCAACCUCCCAACCACACCAUACAACGCAAAACACUCACAUACACUAUACAAUUACCAUAUAGCACAAUAUGUGAUUCUCAGUUGUUAAGAUACGGUGACGACUCAAGGUUAUGGUUUCAAUUCCUGCAGGUAUUAAACAUUCAUAGUAAAAAUGAAACAUUCUCAAACCUGUUUAAAUGUAAUUACAUAAAUGAUUCACUUGUAGUAAUCUAUGUAACACAAGCUGUUGCCAGCACCACUAGUCAUGUGGUUUGUUGUAGCGUGCUGUCAGCUGGAGCCAGAAAGCUGUUGCAGUUCCCUCUUUCUCUAAAACAACAGACAGAGCAGUGUUACAGCAUGCCUGUCUGUGUCUGCCUCUACAAGUCUCGUUGUCUUUUCUUUUUGUCACUACUGGGAUUGUUUCAAUAUCUACUGUAUAUCAGUCUAUCUCACCACUCUCUCACGCUGUUUCAUUCUCCUGUCCCCUCUCUUUCUGUUGCUUCGCUCUCUCGGUUUCUAUGUCUCUGUGAUGUUGCUGACAUCAUGUCAUCACCACUAAAGACAAGCAGCGUAUUGUUGGCUACUUUAUCAUUGGAUCAUUUCAAUUCAAUAUAUAGCCGUGACAAACCAGAGCCUCAUAUAUGUCUGUGUCUAUAAUAUAUGUAGAAUAUACUGUAUGUCUCUCUCCCAUCCAGAGGUUGUUCAGCCCGUCCCAGAUCUCAUAUAUGUACAGUAUACGUAUGUUACAUAUUGUAUGUACAAUAUAUUUAUCUUCCUGUCUCAUCCAGAGGUGAUGUUGUUCAGCCCGUCCCAGAUCUCAGACAAGGUUCUGUUGAGGAUUCUAAGACACCCAGACGUGAUCCAGGAGAUCAAGUUUAAUGACAGUGACAAACGCUGUCCUCAACACUAUGUCUACCAGAGAGGGAAGGCUGUCGACUACUUUAUACUCAUACUG